AUGGUGCGGUUGUUACUCGUAGUGUCGCUCGCGGUCCUACUGACAGUGGCCGCCGCGGCGCCAAGCGUCGUGACUGGACCCAACAACCCCGCAGUGUCCCUCGCUGCGGCGCAGGGCGAGAAUGGAGUGGCAGCGGAGGUGCCCAAGGGCAUCGAGCAGGCGGCGGCGGUGGGCAAUCUGGACAAGUUCGAGGGGACGACGGUCGUGAGCCCGAGCACGGACAGCAUGCUGAUGGUGGACGUGAAAGUGGCCGGAUGGAACAAAAUGAAGUGCCACAAGGACCUGGGCAAACCCGGGGACGGCGCGUGCACGCCCGCCAACUGCAGCAAGGGCGGCAUCGCCGCCAAGUGGAAGACGUCGAACCUGCUCAAGAACAAGCUGGGCGUGGAGGUGUACGUGAAGGGCAACCCGCUGACGCUCAAGAAGGCGUCCCCGCAGACGUGCUGCAACACGUGCGCGUCGUUCAAGAGCUGCACGUACUGGCAGUACAUCCCCGAUAUAACCAUCGACGGCAAGAAGACGGACGGCGCGUGCUACCUGGUGCACGACGAUAUCGACUACACCUGCGGCGAGCUGACCGCGCAGUACGCGACGGACUCGAAGCCCGUUCACCUGCAGACGGCACAGCAAGCCGUGGCAGCGGGUGCCGUGCCGCCGUGCGCCUCUAGCGGCUUCAAGGCAGCAGCGGCGUCAGAUGCGCCCAUUGUGUGUGUGGAGCUGCAGCAGCUGGGAGAACUGUUCAUGGAGCAGGGCAGUGAGGCCGCCAGGUGA